CGGCGGACACGGCCACGGCAGCCGAGGGCUGUUGGAGGCGGCCAGGGGCGGCGAGAGAUAGUGUUCCACAAGCUGCAGUCUUCAAAGUUGGCUAAGAAGCCAAGGAAGUCCAAGAGGUAUCUGAUGAGGGAGUGGAUGCCUGGUUAUUCAGAUGCCCCGACAUGCCUUUUCUCAACUGGUUCCUAUACCACUCCGUGGCCAUGUGGUUGCUCCUCCAAAGUUUUAUUCUGAUGGCUUUUUGCUUCCACUCAGUUACCACCUUCCCCAAGGGCUGCUAUCCGUCCACUGAAGAGGGCUUCAAAACGUUUCGUUGCAGCAAAGCUCAGCUGACAGUGAUCCCGAAGGAUAUCCCGAACGACACAAACAAAUUGUAUCUGGAUUACAAUCAGAUUUCUUUCCUGCCCAAUGACGCCUUUCAGAAUUUGCCACUCCUCACGGAUUUAGACCUGUCGCACAACGUCAUCAGCCGUGUGGAAGUUGGAGCCUUCCGAGGCUUGUCGGAAAACCUGCAUUUGCUGGACUUGUCCUCAAACAAACUGGUGUCGGUCAACAAGGAUGUCUUUAACUCGCUCAAAGCCAAAGCCAAUCUUUCAAGCAAUCCGUGGCUGUGCGACUGCACACUCCAGCAGCUCAUUGAGAGGGUAGAGCUGGUCACCAGUACUUCUGAUGGCAUCAUAUGCGAUGCCUCUGCACGGAAGGAGCACAUUGGCAAGCCUUUUCUGCAGCUGGUCGGAGACAUCGACUUCUGCAACAUCUACAAAAAGACCACAGACAUCGCCAUGCUGGUCACCAUGUUCGGCUGGUUCGCCAUGGUGAUCUCAUACUUGAUCUACUAUGUCCGGCAGAACCAGGAAGAUGCCCGACGCCACCUAGAAUAUCUCAAGUCUUUACCCAGCAAGCAGAAGAAGUCGGAAGAGUCGUCUACAAUUAGCACUGUGGUGUGACCAAAAACGAAACGCAAAGACCUCUCGCCCCACUCGCCUCCUUCAAAAACAAAUAAGUGAAACACAUAGGCACAUCUGGAAUAGACAGAUACGGUUCUGCAUCUACUUCAGAUGGAUGAUGUCCAUAAGAUGCUGGAAUGCACAAUGGCUGAAGAGACUGUUAUUAAACAAAGAAGCAAACAGAAGGACUGUAGGAGGCAGGGCCUUGCUUAUACAAAAGGCCUCCCUUAACAUUAGUUUCUCAGCAAUCAACCACAAAAAUCUUGUCAAAGUCACAGCCGAGGUUGAAUUCCUUGUUAUACUUGCAAAGUAGGGUUUAAUGCCAGGAUGAAUUGAACCUUUCCCAGUCCUAUACACUUUCGAUCACAUGCAAACACGCUUUAGAAAACCCUCUUUCUCUCAAUAUAUGGUGUUAAAACCAAAAACAAAAAACCCAAACCCUGGAGAUCCAUGUCUUGGAAUGAAUUUCCAUCAUGUGAUGCUCCAGGGAGAAAAGGAUUGGAAGCAAGAUGAUUCUGCUGUGUUCUUUGUCUUCUUAGAAAAGAUUUAUGGAAACUCAGGCUUAAAAGUAAUUCCAAGAAGUACACAGCUAGAUCCUCUAUGUGCAUACUCAGAAGUCAAUUCUACUGUGUUCAGUAGGACUUACUCCUAAGUAAAUAUGCUUAGGAUUGUAGCCAUAGAGGUUAUUUCAAGGCCUGGAGUACAAAAGCCCAACCAAUUAUGAUCUGGAGUAAUUAUGAAGUGCUUGGGAGGCUUUUGAGCUUGUUAUUCAUGUUCAAGAUAAGAGAAGAUGAAACAAAUUACACCAUCCCAUUAAUGCUGACUGUUCUCUUUGAACACACAUUAGAGCACCAUCAGUUUCCCUCUCAGACAUUUCAUAUUAGAAAUGUGUGUAUGUUUUCCCCCACAAAAUAUAUAUUUUUUUCUUUGCAGGAAUCACUAAGUGUAGGACAAGGGAGGGUGGAAGAAUCAAUGUUUUGAACUUUUUAAGCCAUUCUCUCACAGUUCUAACUGCUGCUGUAAAGGUUAUAUCUUAGGCCUGCUGGGAGAUGGACAAUCUUAAUUAGCUAAAGUGAUUUAAGGAAGCAACAGCGACCGGCCCACAUGGACUCUUAAGAAAUAUGAAGAGAACCUUUAUAAAAAACCCCUUGAUCCAGAGAAAGGCAGAAGGAGCAAGUAGAAGACUGGGAACACAAUGGAUGCAGUUAUGGAUAGACAAUGGAUAUCUCCCAGUAUGCCACAGGAGUAGGGAGAAAGGGUGGGCAACAGGAAGCCCUCAGGUUGAUGUCUUGCAGCUCCGUUUUCAAAUGCCAUCUUCAACCGAUCAAUUCAGACCUUUGCAAGCAGGAUCGAUCCCUUCACCAGCAGCUCUGUAGAUGGGGAAGAAGAGAGGGAGAUGGAGAGUGGGAGAAAGAGAAGGGGGUUACAGAGAGGGGGUGAUGUCAAAGAAGAUAGGGUGCUAGAAAGAAAGGAUAGAGAGAAAGGGGGCGUUAGAUUGACCUACUUCUAACCUCUACUAUAGGUAUCAGCGAAGCCUCUCCCCUCUGCUAAAUCACCCUUACGAGAAGGUGGCUUUUGAGAGAAAAAUGGUUUUCCACCCAAACCAUAAAGAGCAGCACAUGACUUUUGUGUAAAGAUGGGACAUGUUUGCUUUAGGACUAUAAUUCCUAGAAUCCACCUAACAGCAUGCUAGGGGAUUCUAGAGGUUGUUGUCCCACACCGCCUCCCCAACGUUUGCCAUCUCCACCUUUGUGAAUUAGCACAUUGCUGGGUGAACCACGUUGUCUUCUACCAGCAGCAUCUGUCAAGGGAGAUUCCCCUACAGACAGGGCUGGGUUUGGGCAAAAGUAAUUGACCGUUUAGAGCCUCAAAGUUGACGGGGCCACUGAAUACAAACAAAAGAACCCCAAAACAUUUUAAAAAUUGGACUUGAAAGCUCUGGCAGUUUUGUGAGACCUUUAAAACUUGACAUAGCUUUGGGGCAUCAGUAGAUCUUAAUCCAGCCCUGCCUACGGAAAUCUGUUUUGUCCAAAAUUGCAUUUACCAAGUUGGGGUGGUUGUGUUUACCUGUCUUCUAUUAUUACAAGGUUGCUUGUAACUGAGGACUCUAAAAAUCAUUACACUUGUAAUUUAGGAUUCUAAAAAUCACCAUAACUUGCAUAGCUUUUACCAUUUUGAUAAGGUAACUAUUUAAAAAAAAUCUUACAACAAAGUCCUACCCAUAAGUCAUCAGCCAGUAGUCAGUAAUAUUUAUAUGGGCACUAAUAGACAAAAUCUCACAUUACUGAGAAAUGUAUAGCAUCUAUUAAGAUUUUUCCAUAGGGAACACUGCAACCUUCUUUUGCUAAUUUUUCUGAACUGAGAAAAUAAUAAUAUUAAUCUGACCACAUCAUGUCAGUGAUUUUCAAAAUGGAUCAACUUUUUUAUAUGUGCUGUAGCAAUAGCCAGAUAUCCGUUUUGCUGGAAUGCUUCACUCUUACCCAUGACAGUUGUCUGAUGAAAUGCAUAUGGAUUUAUGGAUCAAUAGUAUAAAUACUUGGAUUAGUAGUAAGACACGAGAUAUAGAAGACACAUCUACAUGUAAGGUAUAGAAUAGAAAAAUGGGAUUAUGUUCUUUUGAUUUUUUUUUCAAAAAAUGAAAAUAAUUUUAGUCCCAAAUCUGGAAAAGACUUUCUUGGGAUCCAAAAGUAUAUUGUUUUCUAUCCAUUGUGUCAGAACCAGAAGUAUGAUUCUGUGUAGCAAAACUGGGCUGGGGUGGAGCAGUUCACAUGUUGGUUUUUGUUAUUUCUUAACUCCUGGAAGUGGUCUGCUCUUGUGAACAGCAGGCCUUGCCUGAGAAGUAGCGAAGCAUCAGUGUUUCCCAGCCUAGCAAGAUCUGAGUGAGUUGGACUAUGCUUCCUAUCAUCCCCACCCAAGGCCCUCAAAUGUGACCUGUUGGCUGGGGAUUGUGGGACUUGUAAUCCAACCCAUCUGGAGGAACAGCAGGUUGAGGAAGGCUGCAUUGUUACAUGUUUCUUGUAGGUCCCCAAUAACAUUGUGCUGGAACAUGAGCUGUAUGUUGACUCUAGUUCAAAUAUUGCCUGGAACAGUUUUUUGCUGGGACCUGGAACCUACCUUUUCUCUUCUGUUUUCAUCAAUGAGAAUCAGAAGCUUUCAGAUCUCUACUGGGACACCCUCUGUUGCCUCUGAAGAUGAGAAAUUCACCUUACAGGUAGUAGGAAUCAAAAUGGCUGAACUCCAGCAGCUCCCAGGCUGGUCUUGUGCUGUUCAACUGAGUUGACUGUUCUUGUGAGUGAAGAAAAAGUCAAGAGGUAAUGCCUGCAGUGGCCCCAGGUGAUACACAGGGCCUUUGGAAAGCAUCACCCGAUCUGAUGUUUCCUGCUAUCCAACUUUGCAACACCUUUAUACACCAAUGUGCCACAUUUGAAUGGUGGUUUUGUCAAAACUAACCACAGGAAGAAGCAAGUACAGAGAACUUUAGGGAGGCAUGCUGGGCUUGGGCGGAUAUUUCUACUGACUCCAGACCUUGAGGGUGUUAAAAAUGGAAGAUGGAGCUGUGGGCAAGUGGUACAUCUGUGGCACACCACUCAAAACUGCAGAUGUGGCCUGGAUGUCCAUGCGUAUUCUCAUGUGCCUACCUGGUUCCUGUUUGGGGGAACUACACCCUGCCAGGUUUCUAGACCAGAUGACACUCUGCUCUGGCCCAUGUGGGUCAAGAGAUAGAGACUGCAUCCGCCUGCCAUACUCUCAAGUGCCCUUUAUUGAGAGAUAUCCUCCUCCAGAGCUUUAAAAUCUGGUGUUUCAGGGCAGGGCUUUCUGUGGGUGGACAUUUUUUGCUUGUCCUACCUACUUUGUAGCAAACAUCUCCCCUUGUUCUUCAACAGGUUCUUUCUUCUGUCUCCUUACCAAUAAAAGCCGAAACGCCUUCCUUUGAAGAAAGAGAAUGCAGUGCAACAGCCUACCAUCAAACUAAAGGGACAUUGGUCACCAUUUGUUUCAUUUGAAGAUCCAGAAGUUAGCUGACCUUCCACUGUGACCAUGUAUGGAGAGAAUACAGGAUGAGAAGAAUGACCCUAAUGUACAUGCUCUCUUUCUCUGUCAAUAAGCAGCCUUAUGCCUUGAGCUCUUCAAACUCAGUACCUCUUCUCUACAUUCCCAGGAUGCAGUAGGACUCCUCCAUCGCCGUGUUAGCAGCUCACAAGAGCUGUACACAGAGAAUACAUUUUGAGAAACCAAAUUGGUCACCGAAAACCUAUACAUGCACACGAAAGAAAAACAAAAUAAAACAAGUACCCUGCUAAUAAACAAGGUUUUUUUCCUGUUUUAUCAAAUGUUAUUUAUU